GCACCGGGUACAAGACCCUGGUGGCACCAUCCCUCCCUGGCACCAGCCAAGCACAGGAUGACGGCUCCCCCACGUCAGUGAGGGAGCUGUGCAGCUGCUGACACCCCUUUGUUUGGGGGGUUAAUUAGCCUAAUGGGGCUCUGAGCAGCGGCCAGCACUGACCUUCAGCCCCUUUUUGCCAGCCCAGCAGCUCGGCUGUGGGCAAUUAUGGCCUCAUUAGUGCCAGGCACCCCUUGCAGUGAACACCCUCACAAUGGGGAGCUGCAAAUGAGGGGAAAGGCCUGGAUGGUCUCCGGGCUACCGGCCACAGCGCUCCCACGUCUCCCAGACACCAGCUGCUCCCCCUGGCCCAGGUAUUUUUGGCAGCCCUAUUGUACUGGGCCCUAUAAAGUGGCAGUGACAGUGCAGGGUGCUGUGCUGUCAGCUGCCUGAUGGGACAUGCCCCAGAGCUGCUCGGCCACAUGAAGACCCCAGGAAGGAUGGAGGUGCCCAACACCAAGGUGGGGCUGGGGUGCUGCAGCACCUGGGGAUGAGAGAUCAGUGAUGGGUGGGAGGUCAGAAUGUUGGGCUGGGGGUGUGGGAGGGCCUGGUUGGUUUCUUGGGAAGCUCCAAGUCUGCAGCAAAUCCCUGGAAAUCCCUGACUGAUGAGGGGACUGUUUGGGAGGGAGCUGGGCAUGCAAUUCCUGCAGCAUGGGUGCUUUCACUGCUUGCCGUAGCACUGGACAGCGAGAGGAGGGAGUUUGUGUGCUGGAGCAGGUCAGGGGUGCAGUGAGGACACCCACAUCUGGCUGCUGGCUGGGACACAGGUGAGGUGCAGGGCAGAGAAGGUUGAGGCUCCAGGUGCACCUUGGGUGUGGGGCUGAGCCAGGAGGGCAGGGGGGAGUCGAACACCACAGGGAGGGGACAGUCCUGAGCUGAGCAGUCCCCUCUCUCUGCCCUAACGCUGCCCGUUGCUCCGGCAGCCCCGGCGAGCUGCCUGCCUCCUGCUCCUGCUCCUCCUCUGCUCCCUGGCCGCUGCCCGGCAGAGCCUGCCCCACUGCUGCCGGCAGAAGACCUGCUCCUGCCGUGUCUACGACCUCCUGCACGGCAUGGGCAACCACGCCGCCGGCAUCCUCACACUGGGCAAGAGGAAGAGCGUCCCCCUGGCUUUCCAGAGCCGGCUCUACCGCCUGCUCCACGGCUCCGGCAACCACGCUGCGGGCAUCCUCACCAUGGGCAAGCGCGGGCAGCACUCGGGCUCCGUCUGCCGCGACGUGCUGGGCUGCCCUGCGGGCACGGUCGCCCAGCCGACAGCGGUGCCGCGGGGUGCUGCCACCAGCCCUGAUGGCCCCAGGGAGUGCCAGGGACAAUCAGGGAAGGAGCUGAGCAGCAGCAAGGCCCAGGGAGCUGCGAGGAGCUUUUACUGAACGGGAUGGGGGCAGUGGGACACAGAGGGGAUCCCUGGCAGGAUGGACUGCGGGGACACACAGCCGGAGCUCGGUGUAAAUAGCACUUUUAGAUACCUCCUACCUGCCCUGGCCCUGGCCCAGCCUGCUCAGGGCACCGCGGGCACCGCGGCCUUUUACAAUAAAUGGUAGCCUGAUGUCA